AUGGCUGCGUUUUUCGAUCCUCGCCGCGCCGCGGGCAGAAGUUUGAACGAAGAUCAAGUUAUACAAUUGCUGGGCGAUGGAAACUUCUCCGACAUCGAAGAUUUUGAGGACGACGACGACGAAAUCCAACCCAGCACUUUCGAAAAUCUUCAGUUGGAUGAUCCAGAGCCUGAACCACAGCCGUCUGUAGCACCGGAGCCGAAGCCGAUGCAAGGUAAUCCUGGACCAUCACAACUAACUCCACGCCCUCAAUCUUUACGGCCACCUUCUCGAAAGAAAGUUUGGAAGCAGAAAAUUUUGUAUCAUGUUGCCAAAGGCACGAAUUAA